AUGGAUUUAGAGAAAUCUAAUUCUCAAACCCUCUACAUAAAGAUCCCACUAUCUGCACUGUCUCACGGUGAAUUGGAAGAUGCAGAUCAUGUUAGCUCUAACUAUAAAUUUAUAGAUGGAUAUCCUUCAGAUACACUGGAAAAAAAACAUUAUGUCACGUCAUACAACAAAGAAACCAAGAAUGCUGAAUGGGUGUAUGAGAUACUGAACGAGAGGACUUUAGCUAGAAAUCACAUAGGUCUAGGGUUAGGCAAAUUCAUGCAGAUUGGAGAUGAUCAACAAGAACUUCAACAAGUGCCAACUCUGUUCUUUAAGGUGAUAAUUGUCGAGAAUGAUGAUGGGACAGUAGAAGUGCCAGUAUGCUAUCUGAUUCCUAAUGAGGAAUAUAUAUUAUCAUUCUUUAAAGAAUUCAAGGAAGACGAACAAAUGAAAAACGAAGAGAUCCUGAACACCUCUUUCAAGGCAACACUUGAACAUAUUGAGACAUUAUCUGGGCUGAAGUUCACAGCAGAAUCAUGCAAAAAUGGAGAGAAGGACAGUAUAAAGACAGUGGAAUGGAAGGGAGAAGGUGGAAAUGGAGAGUUAACUACAGCUGCGAUAAAUGUCAGAAUAAGCACACCACAUACUUAAUGAUAAUAUUGAUGCCUAAAUCUGACAUGUGUUCAGUAAAUACUGCCCAAAUAUCAGUCACUGGGGGGGCAUUCUAGUGACAUCACAGUGGUCUCACAUGGUGAGCUCACAGUCAGAGGGACAAAGCCUCAAAUGAAAUCGGCUGAAGAUAAAAGACAUUAAAUCUCUCAACG